AUGGAUUUUUAUGGACAUCCUCAGUUAUCCAAUGAAGUAAUACAGAAUACCGAUGUAAGAUGUAUUGGACCUAAUCUCAAAACAAUGAUUACCUAUAAAUGGAAUAUAGAUGAUAACUUUUUUGAUUUUGAAACAGAGUCUCUAGAUAGCAUAGAAAUGGUAUCACCACUAUCAAUAAGCUUCAAAUACCCAAUCAAUUCAAAGAAAUUCACUACAACUUUAGGAAAAAGAAUUGAGGAACCUUUGUCUCUAUCGCUUUUUACUACACCUUUAAAAGAUACUUUUAAAAUUGACCCAGAUUUUACACUAUCAAACAAUAUGAAUUAUGGAUUAUAUGUAAAUAAUGAUUUAGAAAACACUUUAAGCAAUCCUUUUAUUUGUCGAACUGCCUAUUUUGUAACAAGAAAUAUCCCAUCAAUGUCAAAUGUUAUUUCCAAUGGUAUAUUUUCAUAUUAUUUAACAAGUGAUUUCGAUUUCAAUUCUUUCAAAAAUUUAUCAACACAUAAUAGUAUACGAAUGGUACAAUUAAGUAGUUUCCCAGGUCUAUCUUAUCCACUGGUUCCACCAUCAAUAAUGUUAGGUUCAAAAGAUCCAAAUAGUGAAAAUGCUAUAUAUUUUUCUAAUACUCUGAAUUUCCAUAUUGAUGGUGAAUUACCAUUUUCAAAACUACCAAAUGGUCUUUUACAAUUUUAUUAUACAUCUGGUCCAUUAAAAAAACUUCCAAAUUAUAAAAUAUUGGAUAAUACAGAUAUUUAUACGUUAUCUUUAUAUUAUAAUCAAAUAGGUGGUGAUUUACCAAAAUGGGAUGGUUCAAAUAACAAUAUUACAACCUUAGAGUUAAGCUCAAAUUUAAUAACUGGAACUAUUGAUGAAUCUUAUUGCUCUGUGUUUUUAAAUAUUAAUAAUAAUUUAAUGACAGGUAAAAUUCCAGAAUGUUUUACAUGCCAUUUUAGUGAUACUGCUUUUAAAUCAAACUUUAAACAAAAUUCAUUUGAUAACUACGAUACAAUUGGAACAUGCAGUCAAAAUAUUGGAUAUUGGGUAAGUGAUAUUGAAUCAAAUAUUCUAUUUAAUUUAAUAUUAAAAACCAAUUCAAUAAUUAUUGCAUAUGAUUCCUAUACUCCAAAUAGAAUUAUUCACGAAAUAAGUUUCAAGAGUACUGGUCAAAAAUUUACAUUAACUCCAGAUCCAUAUCCACCAUUAUUAUCAAAUAUAACAUCAAAUAAUCAUAUUUUAGUAUUCAAAGGUUUAUAUUAUUCAUACGAUAUCACUGAAAUAACAAUUACAAUUGGUGAUAAAUCUUGUGAUGUAACUGAUUCAACAUUUUAUCAAAUCACAUGUACUUUAACAACAUAUCCAAAUCAACUAAAUAAUGUAUCAGGUACACUCAAAGUAGAUCAAUUACAAACAACAUUCAAUUUAAAUUUAGAUAACAACGAUGGUAAUGAAGUAUUCAACAACUAUACAUCAUGUCUAGACAACUGCAAUGGAUAUAUAUGCAACUAUAAUACUGGUAUUUGUGAAUGCCCAAAAGACUGGACCGGUGAAAACUGUUAUACUCCAAAGCAUUAUGUAUCAUCAAUUACACCAACAUACGAAGAUGGCGGAUUAGUAACAAUGAAUGGAUGGUUUGGUGAUAUUCAUAAAGAUUUAAAAGUAACAAUCGGUAAUGAAGAAUGCAAAAUAGAUACGAUAUCAUCAAAUACAAUCACAUGCAACAUUGGAGCAGGUACAGGUAAAAAAGAUGUAAUCGUAUAUCAAAAUGGAAUCACAUGGAAAUCAUUCAACUUUUUUGUAUACCAAUCAAAACAACAAACAUGUUUAAACAACUGUAUCGACACUAACCAUGGUAUUUGUAAUACAUCAAAUGGUAUUUGCGAAUGUAAAUCAGGAUGGACUGGAUUCGAUUGUAGUUCACCUUCAAAUAAUAAUAACAACAAUGGUAAUACCAACAGCACAGUUAAUCCAGACGGUUCAACAACAAUAAAUAACGAUCAAACAACAUACAAUAUAUUAAUCACAUCAUUAUUAGAACUCGAUAUCAACAGUGACACAGUUAAACAAUAUCCACUUCAAAACAAUUGGAAUAUAACAUCAAAUGAUAAAAACGGAUCAAAUGUAACAUUCACACAAAUAUUAAAUGAAACUGAAUGUCAAAUCAUAUUAUCAAUUCAAGAAAUAGAAAAUGAUAUUCAAUAUUCAUUUGCAGGUUUAGAAUUCAAAUUAGAUAAAGGUUCAAUUAAAAUAUCAGUAUCAAUUCACAAUUACAACUAUCAAAGUCCACUCAAUACAUUACAAUUACAAAUGAUAUCAAAUGUAUCAGAUACAACAUCGAACGAUUGUAACAGUAAAUCAGCAUCAACAUCAACAUCAAUAUUAGACAAUCAAACAUUAAACUAUAUAUCGAUCAACAAAGACAACAAGAUUCUAUAUGGUAGAUUUAUAAACAGAGCAAUAUCAGAUGGACACACAACAUUAAUCACCACAUCAUUAAUAUCGAGUCAAAACGAAUCAGUAACCAUUGGUAUUAACAUUCCACAUUGCAGAACAUCAUGCUAUAUCGAUCCUGACUUUUCAGUAAUAAUUAGUCCUGAUUUCAAAUCAAACUGUAACAACAAAUCCAAAAACUAUGUAAUUCCAGUUGCUAUCGUUGCAAGCUGUAUCGGUGUAGCUGCAAUUGUUGUGAUCACAUAUUUUAUUUAUAAAAGAAAACAAAAGAAAAUUUUUGAAAAGAAAAUUAUUAAUUUAAAUAAUUUAAAUAAUAAAUAA